AUGUCAUCCAUAGAGCCAAAGGUGAUGAUGGUUGGUGCUAAGAAACAACGUACAGUCCAAGCUAGUUCGAGGAAAGGCUGUAUGAGAGGAAAAGGUGGUCCCGAGAACGCUUCUUGCACUUACAAAGGCGUCAGACAACGCACUUGGGGCAAAUGGGUCGCUGAGAUCCGUGAGCCUAACCGAGGAGCUCGUCUUUGGCUUGGUACUUUCGACACCUCACGCGAGGCGGCCUUGGCUUAUGACUGCGCAGCUCGUAAACUCUACGGGCCCGAGGCUCAUCUCAACCUCCCGGAGUCCUUAAGAAGUUGCACUGAAACAACAGCGUCUUCUGGGACAGGGUCACAGACGACGCCAAGUUCCAACACGGGUGGGAAAAGCAGCGACUCGGUUAACGAGGGGUCACCGAGUUCAUCCAACGAGAUGAUGUCAUCGUGUGGAACAAGAGAGGAAAUAUCAUGGGAACAUAUGAACGUGGAUUUACCGGUAAUGGAUGAUUCUUCUAUAUGGGAAGAGGCUACAAUGUCGUUAGGGUUUCCAUGGGUUAAUGAAGGAGAUAAUGAUAUUUCUCGGUUUAAUACUUGUAUUUCCGGUGGCUAUUCUAAUUGGGAUUCCUUUCAUUCCCCACUUUGA